AUGCUCUGCUUUAAUCCUGCCAUCAUCACUGUCUUUGUGCUUCUCUCCGAAAGCACACAUGCCGUAUUUUAUGCGACGAAGAUGGAUGCUGUGUCGACCACAGGGUUGCCGCAUCUGCCCGAAUUGAAUCAAAGAAUUUUUCAUGAAAACGGAUUUCAUGGUGAAGUGAUUGGAUUUGCAGCAAAGCGUGAGGAGGAAUGUGGGAUCGUGCUGCUAGAUUUUGAUAAUGAUAAGUUUGUCAAUAAAAAGGUGUUUGCUGCACAAAAGGAACAAGCCUUGAAAGAAAAUAUGGAAGAAAUGAGCAAACUAUUCGAAAGAUAUAGGAGUAACACGCCACAUUACAACACGGCGCAAGUAACAUUCUUUGGCGGACUUGGGCUCAUUGCUUUUGGAAUAGGAAUUGGGAUCGGAAAACUUGUAUAUAAUGGUGUGACAAGCCUGAUGCGUAGUUUUGUAAAAGGCGAGCAACUGCAGCACCUGGAUAUGGAGCUCAUAGCAAUUUACAAGAAACUUGAUAAUUUGGCAAAGAUAUUGGAAGUACAAAUUAACAAGAAUCGCUUUGAGUCCGUGUUUGCGCAUGUGUCAAAUAUGUCGUUUGAACCUAUCGUUGGUCCUGACGAUAAUCACAAUGAUGGAGCAGCAUGGUACAGCUAUGGAUGCCACUUGAAUAGUCUCUUACUUGCGACUUUCAGUCUUGAUCCGAUAAUUUUUGAAACAUCAAAAAUGGCCGAACGUGUACGGGCACAAAAGUACAAAGAAGUUUUGGAGAUUGGCAAUGCAGCCAGGGAAAGUUUUGAAAGACUCAAAGAAGAACGUAUCGUGAGAUUUCUACCCCCAAAAAUAUUUGAAGAAAUGUUCUACCCUAAAUUUUCAAAUGAGGGGACUCAUUUUUGCGUCGUCUGUGGAAAGCAAGGAGAAUUCCGUCUGCGCGAACAUUUGCUCAAGGCGCAUAAAGAUGAGCUCAAAAAAGGAACGAUGGAUUUUAAGGAAUUUUAUGAACGUGUUGAGAGAAACAAAUAUGCGCUUCGUGCGGAAAUGGAUGUGGGAAUGCAAAGACUAGAAGAAAGCGUUCAAAAAAUGGGGCGCAGAUUAGAGUUAAGAGAUGCGAUGCAGCGUGAAGAAGAACCUGGUACAUCUUACGCUCACAUAGAAGAAGAUGCCCUAGAAAGAGAUAGUAGUGCGAUUGAUAUGAUGGAAGCCAAAUCCACAUCGAAGUCCCAAGCUAUACAAAGUUACGAGGCUAGUAAAGCAGCGAAGCAAGGUGGACCAGUGGAAAAAGUGUUCAAAACUGCGCCAAAUGUCGAACUUAUGUUCUGUUAUGAAAUGGAUGAUCAAGCACCAGGAUACUAUAAGGAGGACUACAUUGUGCCAAAGAAACAAAAGAAUAAAUGGCAGGGAAAAGUGGACGUCGAAUUGAAGUAUUAUCGUAAACUGGAUGGAAGGAUGCAUCCCUUGCUUAGAGAAUUUGAAGAAUAUAUUUCUGAAGCACUGCCGGAUGCUUUGGCAAGGAAAGGCAAUCCAUUGAAAAACGGUACAUGGGGUUAUGUGUCCUGUAUAAAUCGGUUUAUGCUUGCAGCUAUGAGAGCGCGAAAACGUAAGUUUAUAGACCUACGACUUGAACCAGUAGCCGGACGUGAACGUCGCGAUGUUUUAAAACAUGGCAAAAAACUAUUUCUGGACUAUAUGGCGAAACUGAAUGUCGAAGAAAAACAAACGCUAUCAUUUCAGGGUAUUGUACCCAGCGAAAAAAAAAAAGGUGAACCCUACUGUGUUGCUAGAGCUGUGGUUGAGCAUAAAGGAGUCGAAGAAGCUGUAGAGAAAAUAAUGAAGAUUUUUGAACAAAAAGGGACUUUGCAGCCAGCACAAUAUAACUAUGUGAUGGGUGCACUUUGGUGCUACAUUAUUCACUGCAAUACAAGCAGGAAUGAGUGUAUCUACAAAAUGAUGUAUGGAAGUAUUUGUCGGUCCGAAGAAGAAGAUGUAACUUCGGUGAAUGAAUGGGAGCGAACAGGGCUACAAGAGUUCGUCAUGGAUUUUGGCGAUGAAGUUGAAGAAAGGCUUUGGACAAGGCAUGCUAUAGCAGAUUUGCAGUACGAAAAUGAUUAUCAGCAAAAAAUAGAUGAGAUGGCAAAAGUGCCAGGAGUGGAUAAGGAAUGUGCACAUACGACAGAAAUGGAUGACUUUGACGAGGAUGAUGUGGUGGAAGAGGAAGGCGAUGAGGAAGAAGCAACGAGAAUUCUUUUGGAAGAGAAAGGCGAUGAGGAAGAAGCAACGAGAAAUCUUGAUGUCGCAGGAAAUAAGGGAGAUGGACAAACUGAGCCAAUCCUACGUGCUGAUACGAGACAACGAAGUUCGCGACCGCUUACGGAAACUGAGUCAUCGCCACGGAAACGCCCGAGGGUAUCGUUACCAGUGGAAGAUGUGCCGGGAGAAAUGCAAGCAUCGUCAUCUUCAUCACUCAAGCAAUUCGAUCGACCUCCAACGGACAACGAUGAGGGACUGGUUACGGCGAAAAUUAGUGAAGCAAGUGCAGAGCCAAUAAUGAGUGAUGUGACAAGAGCAACUGCAAGUGAAACCGUCCAUGCCAUCCAUGAUGUAGCUGACACCACUAGAUACACGAUUUCCGAUCUCGAAAGACGGUUUGAGCCUCUUGAUCCAAGUUUGCACCUAGAGGCUUUGAAUGAAACACCUUACACGGGUGGUUUGACAAAGAUCGCGACUGUGCCUCAGCAGAACCAGUUUCUACGUCGAUCUCAUGCACAGCCUGUACAGGACUUUCCGUGGCUUGAAGUGCGUGAGAUGCCUACCAUCAAUAGACGAGGUGUUUACGCCAAGGUAGAUAUCGCUAAAGAAAUGGCGGUUGCUGAUGUUCGUGGCUAUCAAGGAAAGGUGGAAGACAUAAGAAAUUCUCUCAAACAACUCAAUGAAGAGGAACGCCAUAAAGUGAUCAAGUAUUGGCAUGGAUUUAGAAGACGCGGUUGCGAUUUUAUCUUACUUGCACAUUGCGACUCAUACAAGGCAACAGUAACGCUUGGUCGACUUAUCAACCAGUCGAUAGAGCAUGCAAAUCUAGUCCUACGUUGUAUUCGCUUUGGCGAACGUCGUGUUCGAUGGUUGCAUUGUUUGGUAGCCAAACGCGAUAUUAAGGCUGGUGAGCAGUUAUUGUGGAACUAUGGGAGAACGGAGAGAAAUCCAAACAUACCUAACUUCCCAGACAAUUAUCCGUGCAUAUGUCAAGUGUGCGAUCCGGCUGCAGCAGAAGCUUCGUCUUCAUUUCUACAAUCGGCAAGACGGAGCAUCCAUGUCCAAAGAGUGUGGAAUUUUGAGCGGUCUCUCUCAGAAGAGGAUCUUAGCUUACAUGAAAGGCCUGAAUUCGACAUUGGAGAACUUCUAUUUCUGGUGACACAGAAAGCGCGCGCAGUAGGAUUGCUACUGGAAAAAACUCCUGCUGCCGAUCCAAGAGUUGCAUUUGCAAUAAGCAGGCGUACUGUUUUCACUAAAAGUGAUGUAUUUCCGGAUCCUGCCAUGUUUCUGGUAAAGGUUGCAUCUCCUUUGGCGCAGUUGCUACAAAUAGCGACGGAAGCUGCUUUUGAACACAUGGAAUCGGUUGUUCUUAUUCUCUACCGAAAGCGGAACGAUCCAAAACCGCUGGUUAUCUUGUUGGGUUCACGCCAUCUUGAGGAUGACGGUCAUCGUUACGGCUGCUGCGUAGCAGUUGUGGGCGAAGAAAUUUACGCAGUGGAAUGUCAGGCGGAAGCCAGAGCUGACGAAAUGCCAUUGCACUUGGAGUUAUUAGAAGCUGGCCCACUUACCCGUCAUUUUCCAUCACUAACAAUAGAGCCGUGGGAGACGAUACGCCAUUUAAUCGGAGCACCAGUCACCACACUCUAUGUACCACCUAAUGCGGAGGCAAACGAUGAAAUUCUUGCCGAUCAACCGCUAACCGUUCUAAAGAUCAAUGAAGAUGUAGCCAUUUCUAUUGAACCGCCAUCAGAAACAGUGGCAGUCUCACCAAACGUAGUUGGUCCUGGUGCUCCAAUACAUCUACUGAUUAUGGAUCCGCAAAAAUUGCGAAGUAAUGGAGGAGAAAAGCUACAAUUAAAAGCGUUGGGAUUGAUUUCUGGUACGGAAGACGGUGUUUCUAUAGAGAUCAAACCAAGCAGCGAGUAUGCAGCUACUAAACCGUCUACACUGUUAUUUGAAAAAGAGAACUAUGAGCUUCUUCUUGAGCACAACUUCAAGGAGAAAGAGGUCGCAAUAGUGAAGCUGGCAGCAGCUCCACCUCCUGAAGCAAAGUUUACUUUGAUAGGGCCUUUAUCAGACCGAUUUACUGUGACCAAUCAAGGGGAAGCCAUUUACCUAACCGCAAAUCCUUGCACAAACUGUUCUACACCAAGCACAUUCACAUUGCUCCUUGUCGCAACCCAUCAAGGAUCGCACCAAUAUGCAACUCUCAACUUCAAGCAAGUGAACGAAGAAGAAUUUACUUUCGUGGGCGCACCCUAUUCAGCAAUUGUAGAAGAAGAAACCGGUGUCUUCAAAAGGGCUGUAAAAGUCAUGACUAAAGGAUCAGCUGGAGAUGUGAUGUACACGCUGCAGGAUCCAAACGAUCUUUUUUCUAUAAAUCCAAAAAGUGGAAUACUCAUAGUACAGCAUCCUGAAUUCCUUACCCUGAACACUUACGGGCGGAAAACAAAUCUCGUAGUAGUAGCAACUGACAAAAAGACUUCAAUUAAGACAGUAAUAGACAUUACUUUAACACCAGUGGCUGAAGGGUUGAAAGGGUUCAAAUUUACAAAGGAAUCUUACACAUUCACCGUGAAAACCGGGGAAACAUUGAUAGGCGUCGUGAGAGUGGCCGAUUCUGGAAAUCACACCCUUCAUUACGACAUCGCAGAAGGAGGCCAGGGUGCGAUAGCCAUCGAUGAUUUGGGAAUGCUUACGUACCGUGGAAAACCCGAGAAGGAUUCAAGGAAUUUCACCACUUUGGUGUCCGCCCAGACAACACAAGGGCAAUUCUUGGUAGCUACUGCUUGGGUCGAUAUAGCUGUAGAAGGAAUAAAUUCUAAUCCUGUCAUCGUCGUGGGUCCGACCAAAAGAGCGGAUGUUUUGAGCGCAAGUGCCAAACGAGGUACGAGCGUUGCCACCAUCGAAAUGACCGAUGACGAUGAGGAUGCGGCCCUUCAACUCUCAAUAGAAUCCAUUUCUGGACUAUACCUGAACGGAAGCGAGGCGAACCAUCUUAGCCUAGAAAUGUUCAAAAUAAAUACGAAUGGAAGAAAAGCCGAAGUGUUGCUAAAUGAGCCGAUCUUUGAUCUACCGCUGGCAUCUUUAUCCAUUAGAAUGCAAGCACAGGAUCAUGCACAUCCGGCGGAACCAUCUGUAUUAGUCAUCCAGCAAUUAACCAUCACAAGGAAGCAUCCGUUGAUCGUGCAAGAAGCUGUCCCAUUCAAGCUUAUUGAGAUUCCCGAAGUUAUCCACAUUCCUGCCGAGUCCCCAGUCGGCACCCUCGUCUACACUGCUCGUUUGCUUCGAAGUGUUAUUUCCAACGAAACUAACUAUGACUAUGAGCUUGAUUCAUCUUUUGGAGCUUUCAGAAUCGAUAAAAUUACAGGGGACAUCACAACUGUUCGGCCCCUGCACGAUCUCACUGAAGAUGUACUUAUCGUUACGGCACAUUCACACACCGAAGAACAAAGUGCACAGGCUAAUUUUACCGUAAUUUUCACUCCUGCGCAAGUGCAGAAGACCUCAUUCGUCAAGGGACACUAUCAGGGUACUGUAGCCCAGUCGGAUCCAUUGGAUACAACUGUGCUUGUAGUGGAGGCUAAGACAGAUCAUGGUGAAAGAGUAAAAAAGUACAGCCUAGAAGGUGUCGAUGCGGAUUUCUUCAAUAUCGACAGCAAAGGUGUAAUCCGUCUGAAAGAAUCCCUCGCAAAGAUAUCGAAACCAUCCAUGAGCUUCGCUACAAUAGCUGGUGAAGGAAUGGCAAAAAGUUCAGUACCAGUGCAUGUAUUGAUAAAGAAAGAAGAAAACGAAGAGAUUUCUUUCGAGAAGAACUCAUACGACAUAAAGAUUAUGGAAAAUGUACCAUUGAAUGGAUAUGUAUUGCACCCGCAGCUUAUCAGCAACAAUGUCAAUGGUGUAGCAUUCUCACUAAACUCACUUAAUGAUGCCACAGCUGUAAUGAAACUGCUAGAUAUCGAUGAGACGGGAAGAAUUACUGUCAAGGACGAACUUUUAGGAUACGUUGGUGCCUAUGAAUUCCAAGUUCGAGCAAUAAAAGGUGACCAUCAGACGUAUGCUGAUGUUACUAUGCAUGUGUUACCAGCAUACAGAUGCGUUCCAUCGUUCGUCGGAAACGAAAAUCUUGAAUUUUCCAUCGAUGAGAAUAUGCCACCCGGAAGUGUUAUUGGCAGCGUUUUAGCAACGAAACUGAAUGACAAGUGCGAGUUGAAAUAUCUGCUGUGGGAUCCACUUUCUCAUAAAUACACCAACGAAACUAGUAUUGCCUCGAUUGACACAGUCACUGGUGAAAUAAGAAGUCGCAAAUCAUUCGAUUACGAAAAGCAGGCAAUGUUCCCGCUAAUCUUGGGUCUUCAAGCUGGAGCUAGUCAAUUUGCUCAAAUGCCUAGCACAAUACGAGUCGUAGAUAAUGACGACCAUCCCCUUAAGGCUGUUUUAGAGAAUCUCACCGUUGAGGUACCCGAAGACGCUGUUAUGGGUGCGGUAAUUGCCACCAUGAGUGCCAUCGAUGGCGACGAGUCACAAAACAUUUACUACCAUCUACAAGAGCCAUCAAAAGAGUUCUCGUUAAAUUCAUCUACUGGCGAAGUGGUGCUUACAUCGAGUUUGGACAGAGAGACGAAGGACUCUUAUAUAUUGAAAAUUGGUGCCAGCAACGCUGAAAAUGCUGAGACGGAGGAUAUCGAAGUAUGGAUGACACUAAAUGUGAUUGUAACCGACGUGAAUGAUAAUGGUCCGCUGUUUGAAGAAAGUCGCUAUUUCAUAUUGUUGACAUAUGUCACAGGUGAGGAGGUACUGACUGUUCACGCAUCCGAUCCUGAUCAACCAAUGCCUGGGAAUGAUGUACAAGAAGUGUUUUAUCGAAUCAAAGAAAUGCUAUUCGAUUAUCGUGGAAUGAAUAGAGCCGUGGAAAGUAUGUUUUCAAUUGGUAAGACGACAGGGAUAAUACAACUCGAGCAGGAAGUUAGCGAGUAUGUUGGCGGUGCUUUCCAUCUGCUUCUGGAAUCGAUGGACAGUUUGGACGAGAACGCACAUCGAGAUCAGUGCAUUGUGAAAGUGUAUAUUCACGACGAAAGCGAUGUCGUUCGGAUGGAAUUGCCCAUACCACCAGCGGCAGUAACUUAUGAAAAGAUUUCCACAAUGAGAGAUACGAUAUCGAAUGCAACUGGGCUGAAAGCCAUGAUCAAAGAUUUGCGAUACCACCACGAAGAGGGCAAUCUCAUCUAUGACAUGACAGAUCUUCGCUUGGUAUUAGUAAAUCGCACUACAUCAGAAAUUAUCCCAGCUGAAAGGGCCAUCGCUAUCGCCGACAAGCGACGAUCGGUAAUGGGCGAUAAUAUACCGAACAUGACUAAAGCUCAGGUAACUUCUUCACCAGUUAUACACCAAUCAAUUCCGCCUGUAGCAUAUGUGCUAUGCACAUUUGCUAUGUUGCUGACCAUAGUGUUCCUGAUAUUCGCUUUCAUGAUGUGUCACUACAGAAACAGAUUCCAACGAGAAAAGAAAUUGCGAGAAGACGAUGCAUCUAUAGUAAAUGCAUUGAAUAGACCUCCAAUCCGGCCGAUGAAAAUUUCUCCACUGAUUCCCACGCGGGCAUUAUAUGAACCACAUCUUCCUGCUAUUGAAAGCAACUAUGCUGUGCAGGAAAUGAAAAUGGUUGUGGCAGGAGAAGACGAUAGACGGCGUAAUCCCUGGUAA